UCUCCUCGGUGGUAGAGGUGGUAGAUCGUAGCAUCAUAUUUGUUGUACAUACAGUUGCAUACAGUUAAAUUUGCUGUUAAAUAUUGUGAAGCAGUAUAUCGAAUAUAUCAUCAUUCAUUCAUUUUUCUAGCUCUUUGACGUAAUAUGGUACGAGGUGGUCGCGGCGGAAUGAUCAGAGGAGGUCGAGGAGGUAUGGGCCGUGGGAUGGGUUUCCCCAGGAAGCAAUUCCUUCCACGGCAUCCGUUCGAUUAUACUUUGUGCGAAGCAGCGUUUCCACGCGUUAAACCUGCUCCUGAUGAAUCGGACUUUCAAAUGGCACUCUUGAAAAAGAACACGGACAUGUGUCCCACGGCAAAGGAACAAACUUCUAUCUUGAACCUUGUAACUAAGUUACAGAGUGUGCUGGACAAUUUGAUAGUUGCUCCAGGCAGCUUCGAAGCUUGCCAAUUGGAGGAAGUGAGACAGGUAGGAAGUUUCAAGAAAGGAACGAUGAUUAAAGGUCACAACGUAGCAGACAUCGUAGUGAUUCUUAAAACCCUCCCUACCAAGACGGCAGUAGAGGCUCUUGGUACAAAAGUUAACAACGACCUCAAAAGUGUGAAUCCUAAAGAAGUGUUUAGGCUCGUUCAUACGGAACGCGGUUUCGAUAUCGGCAAUAAUGAAGCCACGGUUCGUGUGCUCAUCACCACGUUACAUCAGAACUUGAGAAAAUUAGAAUCCGAUCAACACUUGGACGUAAAGAUCUGCCAGGGCCAUCUCGCCGCUAUCAGACAUUCUCGAUGGUUCGAGGAGAACGCGCAUCACUCCAGUAUAAAAGUGUUGAUCAGACUGCUAAGAGAUCUGAGAAACAGAUACGAUGGUCUGGAUCCGUUGUCCCCUUGGAUGCUGGAUCUACUGGCGCACAACGCUAUAAUGAAUAAUCCGAGCAGACAAGCAUUGCCGAUCAACCAGGCGUAUAAACGAGUUCUCCAGCUGCUAGCUUCGGGACUCUUCCUACCAGGAUCCGCCGGUAUCUCCGAUCCAUGCGAGAGCGGUAAUAUACGAGUACACACGGCCAUGACGUUGGAACAACAAGAUCUAGUCUGUCUCACUGCUCAAACGUUGCUACGAGUGCUAGCUCACGGAGGCUACAGACCGUUGCUCGAGGGUACCAACAAACUGGCCGUGGAAAUGAGUGUGUGGGCCGGUGGCGUGGUCGCUAGUCCUUUGGACAAAGCCUACGAACCUCCCACGGAACAGGAACAGCAAGAAGACAUGGACGAGAGCAACGAGGAAAUGAUAACGGAGAGCGGUUAAUUCUUUAUUUAUCUAAUUAAUAGUUUAAUUUUCUUUAACGCUCUCGUGCAAGGGGCAGGCAUUUUUUGACAAUGACAAUGACGAUUUACUCAUGAUAUCGAUUGUUCGAUACAAAAGUUCGAAUUUAGUAUUGCAUAUAAAUCGUACGAUGUUUCGUAAGCAGUGUGAUCGAUAUGUUUUUACGCCAUGUAAUUGAGUGUAGACCCCUACUUCUUUCCAAAUGCAACUGAGGACCCUUUAUGUAUUUUCAUGAAUAAGAUCCGAGACGUGUUUACGUCUCAGCAGUACAA